AACCUGUACAUGUUAUUGAAUUAAUUGAUGUGAUGCUUCGUGUUCAAGAAAUCCUGAAGCUGAAAAUGAUCCGGUUGCUGCGGUAGGUCCCAACUGGCCACUGAUGCAAACGGUGGAAGACCGAGCGGUGGUUUCUUUCCCCAGCCAAAAUCCUCUGCUCUAUCUCUCUGGAGUAGCAACCAGUGAGCUUGUCCGAAGUAUCAAAGAGCUCAAAGUGGUUCGGAAACAUACACUGGAUAAUUAUUAUUUGAGUUGAGAUCAAUGUUUGUUCUUGUCUGAGGUGCUAUCGCGCUCAGCGCGGCGACGAGCUAGUCUUGCAGAGCCCCAGGCGAUCAGUAAUCAGGCGCGCACAGACAUGCCCAGGAGCCGACCGACCGUGAGGCGGUGAAGUGCGCGUGGCGAUUCGGAGUGGCACAGUGCAGGUACUUGAGUUGCGAGGACGUGCACUUGUUGGCUGACUGCCUGGCAAGGGAACGCGCAGCACGUAAAUCCGCCGUACCUGGAUUGCUAGCUGUCGCACUGCACGGUAUUCAGACAUGGCAAAUGGCACGACAACCGAUCCACUUUCUCGUUACGAAUGGUACCAUGGUAACAUUAGUCGUGAUCUAGCCGAGCAGCGGCUGCGAUUUAACGGCACAUUUCUGGUCAGGAAGCGCAGCACACAGGACGGAUCCUAUGUCAUAUCUAUACGUACGCUGCAAAAUGAUCUUCUACACAGUCUCAUUGUUGAGCGGAACGGGAAUUUCUUUUUACAGGGACAGGGCGUGGACUUCCUCUCACUGGCCGAACUGAUUAGGUACAAUGAGCAGCGGCUUGGCAACUCACAGUCGCCGCCAAACUUCAUCGUUCAUACUCCGUCACCGGGCAUCCCGAGACGCGUUGUGCAUCGCUCGACGGUGGCGGCCAUUUCCCUGCCAGCGUCGCCAAUGACAACCCCGUUGCCCGGUGUACAGGCAUCUCCGGCUCAGGCACGGCCGCCAACAACGGUCGUGAACGAUAUCAUAAGCGAAGAGCCACCACCGAGCUACAACGAGGCAUUGUCCAUGGAGAUGCCGGACUGUCGGCCAUCAAUGCCGCCACCGCCUGUAACAACAGCACCAACAGCAGCAACCGGACGACAUCUUCCAGCGGCGUACAAUCCAUCAGAUAAUCGGCACGCUCCCGGGCUAGGGGGUGUGGCACCACCGCCUCCGCUUCAACACGGGGAUAGUCGGCUGACGGCCGCCUCCGCAGCAUCCCACUCACCGUUGACACACCAGCAGCGGAGUGGCAGCAAGCGCUGUGCCUCUGCCUGCGGUGCAUGUUGUGCCGAGUGCCUGGACUGCACGUACGCGCACGUGUGCUGCUGCGAGUCGUCGAGCGCCUGCGCCCGCUGUUGGCAUAGCAACAACGUGCAGGACGCGGUAGACUGCUGCUGUAUACAGGUGGAUCGGUACAGCUGCUGGGACGCGUGCUGCUACGGCUGCUUUCGUUACGACGCCGAACUGGGUACCACGUUCCCCAUGGACCAGGGUGUCUUCUACCGUACUAUUCACAUUUUGGCCGGUGCUGUUGCAGCCGUGAUGCUGUUUGCCACCUCUCCACUCUUACUGAUAUUCUUCCUGUGUAUCCGUGUGUUUAACCCACGCUGACUGCACGUCUCACGAUCCCACCGUUGUUGAUAUUACUUCAUUUGCAGGACCACACACGUGGAAUUUCCAAUGUCAUUUUAUUGUACGCACUUCUGAACAGAGUCUACUCUCAUGGACACUUCUUUUCUUUUUCUUUUGACUAAGAACACAACCCUACUGAAAGAAAAUUGGAGACCAACACGAAACAAGACACAGGGGAUGCAGGGACGACGUACCGAUGUACAGGGAGAAACUCGACAGGCCAGAGGUCUCGGCGUUAGCUGCGAACUUUGUUCCGUUUGCGAGCCCACAUUCGAUCUUAUCUCCCCUGUGUACCUUUCUGCGGUACUCCGAGCCGGAUGAUUAUCAUGUGCCUUGAAUAUUUGAGCACACCUUCAUUUGCUGCAUGUUAUCAUUAUUUUUAUUGAGCAUGUUUUUAAAUCAUCACAUUUUAGUGACAGUAUUUCCACUUUUUCCUCAGUGAUUUAAUGGCGUAAUGACAAAAAGAAGAGAUUUUUAGCCUCCCUCUACAUGUAGCUCUGCUCUAGCUCUGACUGUGACUCAAUGUUUCAUGGCGCGGCAAUCAUCAGGCAACAAUGAUAUACAUCAUUGUUCAUGUAGUAUUGACUGCAUGCUUGCAUGCCAAUGAACUGCAUCAAUGAUUAACUUUCAAAGUUUCAAUAUUUCACCCACUCACUGAGCUGAUUCACCGUAG